AUGACCACUCGGCAACCCCUUCGGAUACUGAGCCUCCUAUGCUCCGGCCAGUGCCCAAGCUCUCGCCGUCUCGCAGCAGCCACAUUCACUCCAAAGGCUGACGUCCGAUGGUCAUCAUCCAACUCGCGAUGGAAGCAGCGCCAAGGACGGGACGUGUUUUCGCGAGAAGCAAAAGUUCAAGGCUUAAAAAGCAGAGCCGCCUUUAAGCUCCUCGAGAUGGAUUCCAAGUAUAGGCUUUUCAAGCCCGGACAGACUGUUGUCGAUUUGGUCGCGCAGGAAAGGACCAGGCCGCAUGGGAGGGUCAUUGGGAUCGACCUGAUUCCCGCGCAGCCGCCGCGCGGCGUGGCUACUUUCCAGGGGGACUUCCUGUCGCCUAGUGUGCAGAGGCUUGUUAGGGAGUUUAUCGCCCGGACGGGGAGACCUGUCGAGAAGGUAGAGAGGGGAGACGAUGGGGAGACGAUGAGCUAUAUUGAUCGCGAGAGACGGGCCUCCGAGGAGCGGGAGGGGAAUGGGACUUCGGCGUCGGUGGAUGUUGUUCUGAGUGACAUGUCAGCGCCCUGGAAUCAAAGCUUUAGGUAUAUGUCCAACACGUUGACCAAUCCGUAUCGCAGGCUGAUGAACACGAGUGGCGUUGCGUUUCGAGACCACGCAGGGAGUAUGGGGAGCGAGGAUAAGAAGUUGGAGGCGAGGCUGAAGAGGAUGUUUGCAAAGGUGUUUAGGGAGAAGCCCGAGUCCUCGAGAAGUCUUGCUUCGGCAACGUAUAGUCCGUGGUAG